UGGUAUCCCACAUAUGAUGGACUAUUUAAUCUCACAGAAGAGGGUGGGAUAGAAAUUAGAAGACUAAGCCGAAAUCUGGACUAUUAGUCCGUCCUUGUAAUCCUAACUCAAUUCAAACAUAGGAUAUGAUACACAAUACAAAGGAAUUCGUAGUCCUAGGACUAUUAGUCAUAGGAAUGCUAAUCCAACCUAAUCCAGUCUGUCCAAACAAACAUGGCCUUAAUUGACUACUGCUUUCAUGUGGCAUAGGUGGUUGUUCUCCAUUCAGUUUCUCUUUACAUAAGUCUCCCAGACGAGGUUAAGAUGAGUACCUAAACUUUGAAGGAUAACAUGAUGGGUCGACGACAAAAAGCUGCUAAAUUGACUAGAAAGGAGGAUCAACUUAUUCAACUACCAGAUGGGAUUCUUUCCAAAAUCAUUUCUAUGCUGCCAUUGAAAGAGGCUGUGAGAACUAGCGUCCUAUCAGAACGAUGGCAGUUCAUUUGGAUUGAUCAUGCUGACCUCUAUUUUGAUUCUGCUAAUAUACUUGGGAGCAUUGUUUACUCCAACAGCAUAUCUAAUUGUCAAUCUGAGUUGGAUAGAAAACUGCAGAGGUGUAAGUUUCUAAAGUGGGUCAAUCACUUUAUGCACCAACGAUGCAAAGGCACAAAAGUGGACUCUUUUGCUGUCCAAUUUCCCUUGAGCAAGGAUUCUGCUCUUCACAUAGAUCAGUGGAUCAGUUGUGCAAUCACAAAGGGAGUUGAAAACAUUGAUCUUGACUUAUCAGAGUCAUGUAGCUUUAUGGUGGAUCAUGCCUCUUCUACUGCAUCAGAAAAAUACGAGUUCCCUUGCUGGCUUCUUGUUGCAGCUGGAAAAAGAUGUAGUGUAAAGCAUCUGCAACUGGCCUCAUGCAGUCUCAGUGCUCCUCCAGGUUCCAGCAGUCUCACCUCUCUGAGUACCAUUCAACUGCAAGGAGUAAAUAUCAGUGAUCAACAGCUAGAGAAUCUCUUAUCAAGUUGCUUGUUUCUUGAAGGAUUAAGUUUGCAUCUGUGCAAUGAUCUUGUCAAUUUAAAAUUUGCUGGUCCAAACCUCCGGCUGAAGCUUUUGAGUGUACAAAACUGUAUCAGAUUGCAGGCGAUGGAGUUAUGUGCAAAGGAUCUUGUUUUGUUGGAAUAUACUGGUCACUUAAUUAGCUUAUACUUCAAAAAUGUCCCAAGGCUGGCUGAAGCUUUUCUGAAUUUCACUGGAGAGAGCAGACUGGAUGGUGGAAUUUAUGCCCUCACAAGAUUUGUGAGCGAUCUACCUCAGUUGGAGACUUUUAAUUUUAUCUCAAUACUGGCUAUGAAGGUAAAUGUAGCAAAAAAACUGUUCUAGAAUAUCUCAAGGUAUUUCAGCUAAGAAUUUAAGAA